CCAUUCUCUCGUGCCUACCAUUGUCGAGUUCUCGCCACGAUCUCCACCAAUCCAAGUGAAAGAAAAAGCGAGGGCGGCGCCACCGUCGGUAUCACAGGCUGCCAAGAUAGAUUCCGAUCGCAAACGGAAGAAAUCGGCUUCAUCGAUCUCCUCUGCGGAUCGAACUGCGAAGGAAAAGCGUAGCAGCAGUAAGAAGUACAGGAUGUCCUCUUCGGCGGCUGCUGGUCAGGUUAGGGCAUCGCACAUACUCAUAAAGCACCAAGGUUCACGACGUCCUGCUUCGUGGAAGGAUCCGGAAGGCAGAAUUAUCAAGAACACUACUCGCGAAAGCGCCGUCUCUCAGCUUACUGUCAUUCGAGACGACAUCAUUUCCGGCAAGUCUAAGUUUGAGGAUGUUGCCUCUCGCAUUUCUGACUGCAGCUCUGCCAAGCGUGGCGGCGAUCUAGGUCCUUUUGGGCGUGGCCAGAUGCAGAAGCCUUUUGAAGAAGCAACAUUUGCCCUCAAGGUUGGAGAGGUAAGCGACAUUGUGGAUACUGACAGUGGAGUUCACAUAAUCAAGCGGAUUGCUUAACUUCUCUCAUGAAUUUCCAUGCUCUACUGAUGAAAGCAUUUAAUCCAUUUGACCUUUGGGCAAAUCGAAGUGUUCAAGUAGGGUUUGGCUAUAGCUACUCUGUUUCAAUGACCUAAGAUUUUUCUGAAGUUCGAUGAUUUAUGCAUUAACGCUCAAGCAGAUAUGGUUUAAAUUGUUUGCACCCAUAAAGUAGAAAGUCGAACAUCUGACUUCUCUUUCAUUAUUAUUAUCUAUGAUUCGAUCUGUUCAACCUU